GCGGGCCGCGGCGCUCAGCCUGCCAGUGAGCUGCGGCGGGCACACCCCGCGCGGCGGCGGCGACAGCGGACAGGUUAGAGUGGGGGCAGGGGCGGGCGCGGGAGCAGCCCGGGGCCCGAGAGGGAGCCCGAAGCAGGCCAUCUCCAACCAUGUCCGACGAGGCGUCGGCCACCACCUCGUACGAGAAGUUUCUAACCCCCGAGGAGCCCUUCCCGCUUCUGGGACCCCCUCGCGGGGUGGGCACCUGCCCGAGCGAGGAGCCAGGUUGCCUGGACAUCAGCGACUUCGGCUGCCAGCUCUCAUCUUGCCAUCGCACGGACCCGCUCCACCGCUUCCACACCAACAGGUGGAACUUAACUUCUUGUGGAACAAGUGUUGCCAGCUCAGAAUGCAGUGAGGAGCUGUUUUCAUCAGUUUCUGUUGGAGAUCAAGAUGAUUGCUAUUCUCUGUUAGAUGAUCAAGACUUCACUUCUUUUGAUUUAUUCCCUGAGGGGAGUGUCUGCAGUGAUGUCUCUUCUUCUAUUAGCACGUACUGGGAUUGGUCAGAUAGCGAGUUUGAAUGGCAGUUACCAGGCAGUGACAUUGCCAGUGGGAGUGAUGUACUUUCUGAUGUCAUACCCAGUAUUCCAAGUUCACCUUGCCUGCUUCCUAAAAAGAAAAACAAGCACCGGAAUUUAGAUGAACUUCCUUGGAGUGCAAUGACAAAUGAUGAGCAGGUGGAAUAUAUUGAGUAUCUGAGUCGUAAAGUCAGUACUGAGAUGGGUCUUCGGGAGCAACUUGAUAUUAUUAAAAUAAUUGAUCCUUCUGCUCAAAUCUCCCCUACAGACAGUGAGUUUAUUAUUGAACUUAACUGUCUCACAGAUGAAAAACUGAAGCAGGUCAGAAAUUAUAUCAAGGAGCAUAGCCCUCGCCAACGGCCUGCAAGAGAGGCCUGGAAGAGAAGCAACUUUAGUUGUGCAAGCACCAGUGGAGUGAGCGGUGCCAGUGCCAGCGCCAGCAGCAGCAGUGCCAGCAUGGUCAGUUCUGCAAGCAGCAGUGGGUCCAGUGUUGGAAACUCUGCUUCAAACUCCAGUGCCAACAUGAGUCGAGCACACAGUGACAGCAACCUGUCUGCAAGUGCAGCAGAGCGGAUUCGGGAUUCAAAAAAGCGAUCCAAGCAGCGGAAGUUACAGCAGAAGGCCUUACGCAAGAGGCAGCUGAAAGAGCAGAGGCAGGCUCGGAAGGAGAGGCUCAGUGGGCUCUUCCUUAAUGAAGAAGUGCUGUCCUUGAAAGUGACUGAGGAAGACCACGAAGCAGAUGUAGAUGUUUUGAUGUAAUAAGGGUGAAUUUAUCAGCGUUCUUUCUAAGCAUUAAAGUAUUCUAUCCUUAUUUGUUUACAUGCAUCUUGACCAAACUUUUGGUUAGGGCUGUGCUGAUGUACCAUUCAUAAUUUAGGCCAGUGGUUCUCAGCAGGUGGUCCCCAGACUAGCAGCUUCAGCAUCACCUGAGAAGUUGUUAGAAAUACAUACUAUCGGGCCCCACCCCAGACCUAGUGAAUUAGAAACUCUGGGGGAGGGACCCAGCAUUGUGUUUUAACAAGCACCAGGUUAUUCUGCCGCCCACUCUGGUUUUAAGAACCACUGAUUUAGUAAAUGUUUUGACUAUUUAAACUUUAGGGUGGUUAAGUGGGCUUUUUCAAAGACUAGUACUUUUACAGUUUAGAGGAUUUCAAGGUACUGCUGACAAGUAGUUUACUGUCAGUAUAUGUACGUGUGUAGAGAUUAUAAUUGUUUCCUUCUUAAUGUUACAAGUUCUUAGUUUACUUUUCUAAAGGGCCAUAGCAUAAUUCUCAAUUCCUAGUGGACAUCUUUUUUUGAGGUUGUAGGGGUGGGGUGUGGAUUGCUGUUUACAAUAGUGCCUUCAUUAGGUUUAGCUGUAUCUGUUUUCAUUCAUUAUUAACUCAAAGGUGUAAAAAUAGGCCCUAAUAUCUUUCCUGUUAGGUUUGUUUUUGUUUUUCACUUUAUGUGAAUUCAGAAUCCUUUCUGUAAGUGAUAACUACUGAAGAAAUAGUGUUACUAGUAGCUGAAUUUUAGACUUGAUGCUCCAUUCAAAUGGAGAAAGCAAUUAAACAAAACAACCAAUUCUGCUUUUCCACUGCUUUCUGAAAUCUUAGGCUGUGAAGCUGUCUCAAAGGCAGAAAAUAUCUCUCUCAAGUUCUUUUUGUAGGUCAUUUUUUUUCCAGCACAGCUCUAAUUUUUAAAUAUUUGACAUAACAGCUUCUGGCAUGUGAACAGGUAAAUGUUCAAAAUUAACUAAAGAAAACCCUUACAGUUCUGCUAAACUUCUCUAUAAAUUGCUAGAAAUACACAAAGCAGUGAGAUAUAGCAAAAAAAAAAACGUUAGCUUGUUAGCUGUUAAUAGAACUCUAAUUUUAAAUGUGAAAUCAUGGAGUUUCUUUAAAUGUUUUCAUGGAGAGUUCGUUAUCAUGAACUUUAGAAGUAGUGUGAUUCCUUUUCUUCUACCAUAUGUCUUUAAAUAUUCACGUGGGUUAAAGAAGAUGGAAACUGAUACUACUGACAAUCAAGCUGCUUUCUGACUUUCAUAAUUAAUUUCUUUUUAUUGUGGAUAACUUUUGAGAGGUAAUCAUGAUUCUUUAGGAGAAGUUGUAAUCGAUAUUUUUUGAAACUUUAGAGUCACAGGUUGAAAGGAUUUCUACUUUUUUUAACUUUUUAUCAUAAUCAAGUAACUCAUUAAGAAAAAGAUUAACGACUUAAUUCUUAAUUCUCAGUUGAUAUAAAGGCUUAACCUUUGCUUACAAUCAUGUGUUUUGAAAAUUUGAUUUCAUUUUGGUUCCUUGAAGGUUAAAGAAUUGAAACUGAGGAUAAAAAUUGAUAUAUUGCAGCUUUGCUGAGGUCUGUGGUAUGGUUGUAACAUUUUGAAGACUACUAAAUUUAUACUUUAAAAUUUUGCUAAAAUAAAAGUAUGUAUGUAUAUGGUUAUCA